AUGUCAUUAAGAACAUAUAUCGCAAAUGAUGAUAAUACUGAACAGUUAAAAUUAAUAAAUAAACAAAGAUUAAAAAGAUUAAAUGAUAUAGAAGAAAAAUAUACCAAAGCAAGACAACGCUCAAUAAAUUAUGAACGAGAAGUAACAAAAAGAGAUAAACAACAAUUAAAAAUUAAUAAAAAAAUUCAUGAACGAGCAAAUGCAUUUAAUUUAAAAUGGAUGAAAAGUAAUAUUAAUGGAAAAUGGAGUGGAAAAAGAACACUUGAAAGAAACAAUUUUAUAGAACAAACAGAAAAAAAAAUCCCAAAUGAAUAUCUAUUAAAAGAAUCACCAAUUGAAGAAAAUCCAGUAUAUUUAAAAAUGAUUCAAAAAAAUAAAAUAAGAGAAAAAGCACACAAAGAAUUUAUGAAAAAAAAUGGAAAAACAUGGAGUGAAACUGAAUCACUUUUAAAUCAAAUUAAUGGAGUUGUUGGAAAAGUAAAUGAACUUGAAAAACAACGUAAAUUAAGAAAGAGAUAUUCUAAACCAAGAUAUGUAAAAAUUGUAUAUAAAAAUAAUGGUCCUCAAUAUUCUAAUAAAAGAUAUAUUCAUAAACCAAUUAUUCCUUAUAUUAAUAAUUAUUAUAAUAAACCUUUUACUCAUAAAAUUUAUAAAAAAGUUAUUAAGUCUAUUCAAAAACCUAUUAAAUAUGAAUUUAAUAAAGAUAAAAAAUUUAAUACUUUUCUUCAUGAUGAUACUUGGAAAAAUCAAAUGCAAUUAAAGUGGAAAGAGUAUGAACAAAAAAGACUUAGUUCAAAAGAACAUGAACAAAUUACUCGUGACAUUAAAAAAUUGGAAUUAGAAGAAAAAAAUGCUUUAAAUGAAAUUAAAACUAGAAUGAUUCAAUCAGAAAAAGAACUUCAAAAACGUUCAGAAUUACUUAAAAAAGCUUUACAACAUGAACGUGAAAUUAGUGAAAAAAAAAUUGCUAAAGAAAUUCAAAAAAAGGCUGUAGAAUUCACAAUUGAAAGAAAUAAAUUAAGAAGACAAUUUAAAGAAGCUAUGAAUUCUGCUUUUAAAAAAUUACAAGUUGAAUAUACUACUACUGGAUCAGAAAAAGUAGACAGUUCAAAUGAAAUGAAAGAAUUGAAAACCUUAACACAAAAAGUAUUAAAAAACUUAAAUACUGAUGAAACACCAGUUUCAAUUCUGAUUUAA